AUGGCCGACGUAGUUGUCCACCCGCCGGUGCCUUCCAGUCCCCUGGACUGCAAGCGCAAGAUGUCGGGCUUGACCAUCAGGACUGACGUCCCAAUGUCUAGCUUCCCAGAAUAUCUGGACACGUUUGAGUCCUCGGGUGAUACCGUCAUGGAGUCUCCCACGGGCCCCCACGUCGCCGCCAGCCGGCUGGUCGACAAGCUCCGGGCCGAUCCUAUGAGGCACCCGUCACCCCAGCCGACCCACGUCAGCUACCCGCUCAUGGCCAAGACCAAUGGCAAUGGGCACCGCACCUUGCGCUCGGCGACGGUCGGAUACGUGGCGCCCGAGUUCAAGGGCAAGGCAGACCAGAUGAAGCAAGUCAGAGAACAUAUCAGCAAGUGCUCAUGGAUCCCUGAAACCCUCAUCGACGCCCAGAUUGUCUGGUUCUAUAAUGAGCUAGGGAUCGACGACGUCUAUUUCCAGGUUGAGAGCCCCCAGGUAAUUGCGAACCACAUCACAUCGCUCUAUGCUGCCAAGGUCGCUGCAUUUUCUCGCGAAGACAAGCGCGAGGAGAUCCGGCUAGACAUGGAGGCAACGGACCACGCCAUCUACAUCGACACUAGCGAGCCAGGCAAGACAAUUACCGAUGGCCCGCGCUAUGAGCACAGGCUCGAGUCAAAGUACUUGGACGGCAGCGAUGGCUUGAACCGCUUCCGCGUUGAGACAUUCCGAUCGCCCGGCGCUUUGGGCCAAAACUCGAACUCCAAGGCGACGCUGAGGUGCUACUUUGUCUACCAAUGCCAGUUUGUCGAGCCCAAUGCCGAUCCCAAGGAGACACGCCUUGAGGUUAUCAGCGACCGCAUGUUCCUUGCAAAGGCAACUAGGAACACCAAGCAGAUCUAUCGCGAGAUCAUCGAGCUGGCAGUCAGCCGAACUGGCCCGGUCAUUGAGGUCUUUGACAUCGAGGGGUCUCAAGAGAAGAGACUCGUCGUCGCCUUUCGCUCUAGAACCGCGAGAGGCAUGUUUAGUGCCCUGAGCGACCUGUACCACUACUACGGCGUUACGAGCUCCCGCAAGUAUGUCGAACAGUUCUCCAAUGGUAUCACGGUCAUGAGCAUCUACCUGCGGCCAGCACCCAAGUUAGAGUCCAAGUACCCACCAAUCGAGGAGUCGAUUCACCAGAUCACAAAAGAGAUCUCGCUGUUGUACUGCAUCCCGCAGACGAAGCUCCACAGCCUCUUCGCGACAGGCGAGCUGAGCCUGCAGGAAACUAUCUAUGCGCACUGCGUCUGGGUUUUCGUGCAGCACUUCCUGAACCGUCUGGGGUCCGAAUACGCCUCCCUGAUGGCAGCACUCGACCUCAAGAACAACGCCCACGCCGAGAUCCUCUCCAAGAUGAAGAAGCGCCUGCGAACUGAGACCUUCACACCCGACUACAUCCUUGAGAUCAUUGGCUCGUACCCCGAACUCGUCCGCGCCCUGUAUGCCUCUUUUGCGGCCGUCCACUUGAAGGUCGGCGACGAGUUUGACCGUCACUUCAUUUGCCCGACCCCGGCAGCUGAAGUUCUCUCCGACACCGGGCUCAAGGACAAGAUCACCAAGGAUGUGUCCAACGAGCACGAGGAGAUGGUCAUGACAGCCUUCCGCGUCUUCAACAACGCUGUCCUUAAGACUAAUUAUUUCACUCCGACCAAGGUUGCCCUUAGCUUCCGGCUGGACCCCUCGUUCCUCCCGGAGAUUGAGUAUCCCAAGCGGCUCUUUGGCAUGUUCUUCGUCAUUACUUCUGAGUCGCGAGGGUUUCACCUGCGCUUCAAGAACAUUGCGCGUGGCGGAAUACGCAUCGUCAAGUCCCGCACCAAGGAGGCCUACUCGAUCAACGCGCGCAACCUCUUUGAUGAGAACUACGGCCUUGCGAGUACUCAGCAGCGCAAGAAUAAGGACAUCCCGGAAGGCGGUUCCAAGGGCGUCAUUCUGCUUGACCCGAAACAGCAGGACAAGGCACGCGAGGCGUUCGAGAAGUACAUUGACAGCAUUUUGGACCUGCUUCUCAAGGCCGAGACCCCGGGCAUCAAGAACCCUGUGGUUGAUCUCUAUGGCAAAGAAGAGAUGUUGUUUAUGGGUCCCGAUGAGAACACGGCCGACCUGGUCGACUGGGCCACGGAGCAUGCCCGGUCGCGCGGCGCCAAGUGGUGGAAGUCAUUCUUCACGGGCAAGUCGCCGAAGCUCGGCGGCAUUCCUCACGAUGCUUACGGCAUGACUACGCUGUCGGUUCGCGAGUAUGUCAAGGGCAUCUACCGCAAGCUCAACCUGGAUCCCUCCUCGGUCAGAAAGAUGCAGACGGGCGGCCCUGACGGCGAUCUUGGCAGCAACGAGAUCCUUCUCAGUAACGAGAAGUACACGUCCGUUGUCGACGGGUCGGGCGUUCUUGUUGACCCUAACGGCAUUGACAAGGAGGAGCUGCAGAGGCUGGCCAGGCGCCGUGUGAUGAUUUCGCAGUUCGACAUGUCGAAGCUGUCCAAGGACGGCUAUCGGGUGCUGUGCGAGGAUGCCAACAUUAAGCUGCCCAACGGCGAGGUCAUCAACAACGGCACGACAUUCCGCAACACCUAUCACCUCCGGGAUACGGGCCUUACUGAUAUGUUUGUGCCGUGUGGCGGCCGCCCCGAGUCCAUCGAUCUGGUCUCAGUAGGCAAGCUCAUCAAAAACGGCAAGGCAACAAUUCCGUACAUUGUUGAGGGCGCCAACCUGUUCCUCACCCAGGAGGCCAAGCUGCGUCUCGAGGCUGCCGGCUGCAUCGUGUACAAGGAUGCCAGCGCGAACAAGGGCGGCGUGACCAGCUCAUCUCUCGAAGUGCUAGCCUCGCUCAGCUUCGACGAGGAAGGCUUCGUGAAACAUAUGUGCCACGACUCGCGUGGCAAUGCGCCCGAGUUCUACAAGGCCUAUGUGAAGGAGGUGCAAAACAAGAUUUGCGAGAACGCACGCCUCGAAUUCGAGGCCAUGUGGCGCGAGCACGAGCAGACGGGCUUGUCACGCUCCCUCCUGUCGGACAAGCUCUCGCUGGCAAUUACCAAGCUUGACGAGGACCUGCAGGAAUCUGAUCUGUGGAAGGACCUGCAAAUCCGCCGGUCAGUGCUGGCUGACGCGCUCCCUAAUCUUUUGAUUGAAAAGAUUGGGCUUGACACCAUCAUUCAGCGGGUCCCGGAACCAUACUUGCGUGCCAUCUUUGGCAGCUACCUAGCAAGCCGGUUCGUUUACGAGUUUGGCAGCUCGCCUUCUCAAUUCGCAUUCUAUGACUUCAUGUCCAAGAGAAGGGCCAAGUCCACGUGA